ACUGCGACCGUGAGUGGCGAGGAGAAAGUCCUCAUCAACAUCUUCCGACAUAAGAACGGACGGAGGCGCCUCGGCGCACUGUCCCACGGUGCCACAGCUGCUAUAGCGAUCAUGCAUGCAUAUGGUCCGGUGCACGCAGCAUCGAGAUCAGCUUAGCCUUCCUCAAUGCUUCGCGUCCAUCAUCGAACACAUGCUCGUCGCUUGGAGCCUUACGCACAAGCGCGAGGGUACUUGAGCAUCUGUUUCUGACCCCAUUGGCAAGCUUCUCUAUCCUUCCCGUCCUCUCUACAUCUGUCUUUGGCCUCGUCUUUCCGUCGCCGCCACAUUCGUUCGCAUACCCUGUCACGACGCUCAACAUGAUGUUCCCCACCACUCUCUUCCUUACCCUUGUCGGUGUCAUCUCGACCCUCUCACUCGCCACCCCGUUUAGACGUACUGUCAGCAAUGGCCCUGUCAUUAACCAGGACUUCGCCGAUCCCGGCAUCUUACGCAACUCAGAUGGCACCUGGUACGCGUACUCGACGUCCUCCAGCUCCGGCCUCGUCCCCAUGUCGAGGUCGAGCGACUUCGUGAGCUGGAGCACCCCCACCAACGUCCUCUCCAGCGUUGGUCCUUGGGCCGAUGGUGCCGUCUGGGCUCCCGAUGUCCGCGAGAUCACUACAGGCCAUUACGUCAUGUACUACACCGCACACCGCAGCGGCGGCCCGACCAACGACCACUGUAUCGGCGUGGCGACCGCGACGAGCCCUGCAGGCCCCUUCACGCCUAACAGCUCGCCCCUCAUCUGCGACCUCGCCAACGGCGGUGUCAUCGACGCCUCCGGCUUCGAGGCACCCGGAGGAGGUCUCUACAUCCUCUGGAAGGUCGACGGCAACUCGAUCGGCGCGUCCACCCCCAUCAAAAUCCAGCACGUCGGCGCGAACGGCUACGACCUCCUCGGCUCGCCCGUGACCCUCAUCACCAAUGACCCCGUCGACGGCGGCCUCGUCGAGGCUCCCUCCUUGGUCUACUGGGAUGGCUGGUACUACCUCUUCUUCUCGUCGAACAGCUACAACACCCUCGCCUACGACAUCUCGUACGCCGUCUCCCAGAGCGUGACCGGGCCCUUCACCAAGGUGCAGGCGCCGAACGCGCCCUUCCUGACCAGCGGCACCGACGGCACGGCGGGCCCUGGCGGCGCGACCGCGAUCAACGUCCUCGACCAGUACGUCAACAUCGCGUUCCACUCGGAUAUCAACGGCAAGGACGCUUCCGGCGGUCGCGCGAUGUGGACCGUCACCAACGUCCAGCUGAGCAAUGGCGUCGCGAAGUUCUAGGGCUAGGUGUCUGAUUGGCUCUGGCUUUACUCUUGGACUUUUGGAAAAGAAUAACAGAUACCGUAUUGUGGCGGUGCGGAUGACAAGAUGAAUCGUCCAGUUUGCUAAGCAGUGUAGUUAACUUUACCAUUGCGUCCCUGUCCCGCACCUGAACGAAUG